AUACGUUAAGGAAAGAAUGCUAUUACAUAAAUUAAUUAAUUAAUAAUAAUCAAAGAGAAUAUUGGUAAUUUUAUUGUCAUCAACACAUACGUACAUACAUUCGUAUAAUACUAAAUAUCUAACAAGUUAGAAUAAAUUCAGACAUCAUAUAAAGUUAUGUGCAACUGUGUAUAGUAAUACAAAGUGAUUAGAGAUAAGGACUCAAGCAAAAGUUUAGAAGUAAUUCUAAGUAAAAAAUGAGAAAUAUUUGUAUUAUAGAUUAACCACAAUUUUUGUAUAAUCAAUACAGUAUUGUAAAUAUACACUUAAUUCGUGACAAAACGACAUUGUAUGAAAGAAGAUAAUAAUGAAUACUGUAAAAAAUAAUUGCGAAACUGGAAGUGGCUUGGAGGACCUUGGUAUACCCGGACAAGUUUUUUUAAGGGAUGCUCUAACAAGUUGUACAGAUCCAUUAAAAGCAAUCGAAGAAUUUCAAUUAGAAAAUGGCAUUUUGCUGCCGUCAUUACGGCCUAUGUUACCUUUACUUGAUCUUCAUGGAGUGAGAAGAUUGGAUUUCCAUGCAUCAGUUCUCGAAGAACUACGAGAAAAAUUAGUAAAAAGGAUUACAGAAAUUGGACCAGAAAGAGCUGACAAAGGUUCAGCAGGGGAUAGAAGACUAAAAGAAUUACUAUCAAAAAGUUUUCCAGCUGUAAGAGUUUCAGCACUAAGGCCUGUUGUCAUGUGUAUUUUAAGAAACACACCACACAUAGAAGAUAAGUAUUUACGUGUACUUGUUCGAGAAAAGGAACUAUAUAAUGAUGCAGACACGGAAGUAAAACGACAAAUUUGGAAAGAUAAUCAAAGUCUAUUUGGGGAUGAAGUUUCUCCAUUAUUUAGUAGAUACAUUAUUGAAAAGGAACAAAUUCUGUUUGAUCAUAGAAACUUAAACAGUCUCUUCUUCACACCUUCUCCCAAGGUGCGAAGGCAAGGUGAGGUAGUACAAAAACUAGCUCAUAUGAUUGGACAUAGCGUGAAGUUAUAUGAUAUGGUAUUACAGUUCUUAAGGACUCUAUUUUUACGCACAAAAAAUAUACAUUAUUGUACAUUAAGGGCUGAAUUAUUGAUGGCCUUACACGAUUUAGAGGUACAAGAUAUUAUUUCUGUUGAUCCAUGUCAUAAAUUUACAUGGUGCCUUGAUGCAUGUAUCAGAGAAAAAAAUGUUGACAUCAAACGUUCACGUGAAUUACAAGGUUUUCUGGAUAGCAUUAAGAGAGGACAAGAACAGGUGUUAGGUGAUUUAAGCAUGACAUUAUGUGAUCCAUAUGCAGUAAACUUUCUUGCUAGCAGUGCAAUAAAAAUUGCACUUCAUUUAAUAAAUGGUGAAUCAUUGCCUAGAGAAAAUGCAGUUCUUGUGUUACUGCUAAGAAUGCUUGCAUUAGGCUUGUCUGCCUGGCAAAUGAUUGAUUCACAAGAUUUCAAGGAACCAAAAUUGGAUAGUCAAGUGGUUACAAAGUUUCUGCCAGCACUUAUGUCUUUAAUGGUAGAUGAUCAAAUAAGGCAACUAAAUUGUAAACUUCCACCUGAUGAAAGAGAAAGUGCAAUUGCUAUAAUAGAACAUUCUGGUCCACCUCCUGAUGCUUGUCAAGCGUAUGCACAACUCUCAGGAGUUGCAGCGGUUUUAUCUAUGUAUUAUGCAUUACAUGUAGGAGGAGGAGGUGGAGUAGGAAGAGGAAGAGGCGAUGCUAGAGGAUUAAUGAGGGUAUUAGCCACUUUACCAAAUUGCCAAGCACAACGUGCGUUCGAAGAUCCAUUUUUACACACUUUGGUAUCUUUGUUAAUAUUAAACAUGGCCGAUGAAUUUUCUAACGAAUCAUUUUGUACAGUCAUAUUUGAUGAAUUCUUCUUAGCAGGCUUAGGCAGAGACAAUGUUACGCGUCAUUUGUUAAAAUUACUUUGGUACAUUCAUCCAAAAUUACCACCAACUCGUCUACAUACGUUAAUGAAAGCACUUCAACCAACUAGUCAGCACAAUGAAGCUGUACAUAACCUCUAUGAAGCUUUACGUGAUAAAAUUGGAAGCCGUUCUGCGGAAGAUCAGUUAGGAACAGCAGUACAAAUGGAUACAUUAGGACUUGAUUGUCCACCUUCUCCACUCACUGGCGUACCUACACCGUCUUCAUUGUAAAAACCAGAGUACGACCAGAGCAGUGUGGCGGAUUGAGUGCAUCAACGACGACACUAAUAACGACGAACUUCCUUAGCGUCUAACGAAGACAUGAAUGAUCUACUGGAGGAGCCAUGUUACGCGAGCUCGACUUUCCUUCUUGAUCUUGAACAGUGGAAGUCCGUCUUCGCGUCAAUGGCAUACAAUUUCGAAUCUCGACUUCACUCAAGAUCGAAGAUGAUCAAGAAGAUGUUUCACGAAUAGCGGCCAAGAGACAACCCGGGUUUUUUUGAAGACGAAGAAAGACGAAGAAAAUCACAUUUUUGGGAACAACUA